AUGGCUCAAUACAACCUCGAAAUGAACGACCUCGACCAGCUCAUCGCUGGGUUCUUCGAUCACGAGAACCAGCUCGAUCAGGCUAGCCUGCAGGCUUCCAAUCCUUCCCUGAACCUCCCUGCGUCCUGGGAGAUGCAGUUAGACGGUGCGGAGUACCUCGCUCCGGCCUCAGGAGGCACAUUCGUCCCUCCGGGGUUCAUCGUCCCUUCAGUGAAUCUUGGCCCGGCUGCACCAAGCCAGCAAAUCGACCCGGUGCUUCUCGAGGAGGCUCAAAGGCCUGCUACCGCUCCCAGUAAACGGGGAAGGGGUAAAGGCAAAGCUCCAGCGAAGAAUCCCGCUGCUGCACCCAAGGAGAAGCGACCUCCCGCCCCCCGCAAGAAAAUCGACAGGGGUCCUUUCGCUCGACCUACCGAGGUGUCGUAUUCGGCUGAGACGCUUACUCAAGAGGCUCAGACCCAGAUCAACGAUCACCUAAGGGCUGCCACCACCACCAGGUCGUAUGCCGGUCAUGUCAAGGCCGCUAAGGCCUGGCUUGAGAAAUAUCAGCAAAAUCGAUCGAUCAACGACCCUGACCUCGGUGAUGCGUUCGACGUCCUAUCCGAUCGCUCUGCCACCGCUAUCAGGCUUCACUGGGCUUCUAGGAUCAAGGAAGUAGCCUUUCCGACGAUCGAGGGCUCCCGAUCAGGCUUACGAGCCUACUUCCGGGAGAAGUUCCCCGAUCAGUCUUACGUUGAGGAGUUCCGCUUCCUCAAUGGCCGUUGGGAAGGCAAUCCUGUCUACUACGGUCUUAAUCAAGACCUUUAUACUGCAUACAAACGAGAUCAUCUACGAUCGAAGACUCCGAAGCAGUCUUCGCCCUUGCUGCUUCCUGCCCUCACCUACCUCAUGCAAUACAUCGACGCUCAGCUGGCUGAAGAGAGGGACCCCCAGACCUAUGCCGAGUUGAUGUUCGCCUCGGCGUACAUCACCCUUGGCUGGUGGCUCAUGGCUCGAAUGGAGGAGUGUUUGCAGCUCAAGGAGAUGGACUUCAUCGAGCACGGUCAGGACCCCAACUAUCCCGGCCAGGACAUGGCUAUUAUGGUCCUGACGUUCCGGAAGACGAACCAGAUGGAUCCGUUCGAUAGUAACCGCUACCAGAUGCACGAGCCGAUGGACGAGAACGAGAAGCUAUCAUAG